AUGGACUAUCACAAGGUGUACUCUUAUGCGUCUGACGAGCUGUUGGCGCCGGAAACGCUGUGUUUUGCUCUUUUCUAUGUCGGCGUAUACAAAGACGAGGCCCAAAUCAGGACAGAACUCACCCAGCUCAAGCAUAAUCUGGACGUAGAGCUCAGACCGUACCUAGACCACUAUCCGUGGCAUGUCCGGCCUGUUGAGUACCAGCUGGUCGACGAUAGACACUGUUUUCUGUAUGGAGAGCUCGAAUACGGCGAAAACAUGGACGAUCUGUGGGUGGUUGCCAGUCUGCUGUUCAGAUUCACGUCCAGGAGCGAAAACAUAUACUUGCAUCUCUAUGACCAGGACCGCGAGUUUCUGCUGAUCGAGGCUGCCCAGCAGGUUCCUGGGUGGCUGGAUCCAGACUGCGCAUCAAACAGAGUUUGGGUCAACUCGCGAAGGGUGGUCUGCGUCCCGAAAGAGUACUGCGAAGGGCGGAAUCUGGACCUUGAAGAGGCCCUUGCGUUUCUGCAGUCAGCCAGCUACCGUUUAGAGGUCCUCAGCGACGUCACGGAGGAGCUGGUGCGCAAGAAGAUUGCCAAUUAUCCGCAGGAAGCUCUGAAACACAUCACAAUGGAGUCGCUGCUGGUUUCGGAGCAAACGGCACGCAAGCUCGUUGGCCGGCCUGCGUACGUCGCUGGAGCAGCCAUUUCGCAUUUUCUGGAGCCCCUGCGGCUGUUAGGACUCCGGCUCGGCGGCCAGCGACCGUCCAGACAGGUGACACUAAACAUUAGAGUCAAUGCGAUAGUGCACACGGAUUUGCAAAAGUACGGCGAGACGGCGGCAGGGAUGGGCGAGAUUGCCGACCGGGCGAUCCAGGAGGAGGAAUUCCGAGAGAAUAUAGACGAAGCUGACUUUGAGGACCUGUUAAAGCAGCACAACGAAAUCACAGAGCACGACCCGUUGCAGCGGGAGCUUCUGCGGUACAACGUGAUAGACAAACUUGUUGAGUGGGAGCCGCCGGAGCAGGUGGAGGAGGAGGAGAAACAGCGCUACGACGAGGACAUGGUCCAGAAGGUGAAACAGUUCAUGAGUAGAGAGACAGACUGGGCUGGGGCAGGGUCCGAGAGCGAUGAUGACGAGAAGGCGGCAGACGAGAGCGAGAGCUCGCGUAUACGGGACUAUUUCAGGCAAGAGGGAGUCGAUAUUGACGAAGACGACUUCUUUGAGUUCUUCUGUCGUGAGGCGUUGCAGCUGAGCAAAGAGGACAUGGAGCAACUGCGAGGGGCGGACUCAGACGAUACGGAUGGAGAUACGGGCCGCGAUGGGGAGAACGCGGCGGAGGAAAGCCCCGCAGAGGAUUUGGAGGUGCUGUCGAACCUGCUGGCGGCGCUGGGGUCGGGCAGCUCGCCGGCCGCCACGAUUCUGAAUAAUCUUAAGUAA